AUGGCAGGAAGGGUGGAGGAGGAGAAGGAAGGAGGUGCAGGAGGAAGGGAAAAGGAGGAAAAAUGGAAGGAAAAAAGGUCCCUACAGGCAAAGCCUUCUCCCACUGCUAGUAAUCUCAGUUCGAGCCUGGCGGCCCGUGGAAAGAGAGUGUUCCAGUGCGACUACCCCCAGUGCAACAAGAUGUACACCAAGAGCUCACACCUCAAGGCUCACAAGAGGGUCCACACUGGCGAGAAGCCUUUUCAAUGUCCCUGGGAGGAAUGCGAUUGGGCGUUUCGACGCUCCGACGAGUUGACGCGGCACUACCGGAGACACACGGGGGAGAAGCCGUUCAAGUGCAUGCAGUGUGACAAGAGCUUCUCCCGAUCCGACCACCUCAGCCUCCACGCUUUCAAACACUCGUCGGGCACGGCUCAGGGCAGUCAACACGUUGCGAGAAGUGGCAGCAACGGAGCUACUGACGGAAGGCCCGUGGACAACAGAACUCCAUGAAUCAUAUAUUUUCUAGCAUCCUAUUCUCCCUCACCAAUCAAUCUUUGAACUGUUGUUAGCCCCAAUUUUAAAGCUUGUCCCGUGUUGUGUAUGCCCACUGUAUAAUACGGAUCAGAUGUUGUUGCG